AGUAGAAUCGAAAGAAUCGAUUGAAAAUUGAAAUAAGAAUUGUUUUUCCUCCUGCGCUGCCCGAAGAAACGAAUUGUCCCACCGAUUCCUGGUGAGUUCGUAAUCGGAAAUUAUGAGGUGGUUCUGGAUCAUCGUGCUAAUAGCCCUGGCGCUGCCAGCAGCCGUGCCACGAAAGACGCAUCGCAGCAAACCUACGCCGAGGCUCUAUGGGGAGAGGGUGCCUGUCAAGCUGCUGAGAACGAGCAACAGCAAGGUCCGACAGAAGAUCGUCGAUACCCAUAACUAUCUUCGCACCCAGGUCAAGCCUCCAGCUGCUAAUAUGCUGGUCAUGAAAUGGCAUCCAGGCUUGGCCAAAGCUGCGCAGAGAUGGGCCAAUCGAUGCCUUGGAUUGGUACACGACAACGCGACUGGCCUAUAUUUGGAUGGUUUCGGCCAGAGCGGACAAAACAUCUUCAUUACGACGAGAAGGACAUUGUGGAAUUUCCCGAUCAGAAUGUGGUACAUGGAGUACAAAGAUUACAAAUACGGGGACGACGAGGCGAACGAUUUACACGAAAUCGGGCAUUACACCCAAAUCGCGUGGGCGACCACGCAUCUGGUGGGCUGCGGCGUGAGCCACUGUACCGGUGGCAGAGGACCACUUGGAAAGGAUUUCUUUAUGUACGUCUGCAACUAUGCCCCGAGCGGGAAUUACAAAGGUCGGCUGGGCCACCCUUACGUUGCCGGUAAACCGUGCACCAUGUGCAACGAGCACUGUUCGAGGAACAAGCUUUGCACGAACGCGUGCCACCACGUCGAUCUCUGGUCGAACUGCGUCGAGCUGGCGAGGAUGUUCCGCUCCUGGGUCUGCGAGACGAACACGAACGAAGGCCGCGAACGGCGGAAGUUCUGCGGUGCCACGUGCAACUGCCAGGGCAAGAUCUACUAUCACCACGGGUAGUGAACGAUCCUCCACCUCCACCCCUCCC